CCGACAACGCCCCGACCACGACUUGACGCUCAGCGCUCAGUUCUCUACCCUCGUCUUGAGGAGCCUGCUUACCUGCUGUUCGCUGUCCGGAUUAUCGUGGUCCAAGUUAUGCAGCUUCUCGGCCUCAUGUGAUAUCAGAUGUACAUAUCUAUUUGCCUGGUAUGCUUCACCUUCAGCUCGAUCAAGAUGUCUGAAACUCAGUUUGCGGAGGCAUACACGUUGCUCCACGUAACCGCCUAGGCGCAGUCGUAUCUAGGGCUUGCCACUGAAUAUGAUUUGCGGCUGCACCGUCUCUUUCUUCUCCACCACCACCUAGGCUGAUUAUCCGGGUGGGCUCUGUAGAGCCGGCAGACAUGACCAAGAUGCUGUCGAAGGUCGCGCUCGAGCGCAUACCAUCGCUCACGUUCUACAAAGACGCAUUGACGCUGUCAAAGAGAGGCAGCUCGAUACCACAGCUCACGUGCCUUGGAAAGGCGUGUAGAUUGUAUGAGCCCGACGUUGUGCGCUGCGCGAAUGCUGGUGGGCAUGGGACGGACGUGGACUGGAAGUGCGAAGCAGACCUCCCGGAGGCACUGCGAUUCGGGAGAGUCGAGGUAUCGUGUGAGGGAUGGAGUGGCCCCGGGGAUCCGUAUGUCGUGAAAGGGUCCUGCGGGCUUGAAUAUCGCUUGGUUCAAAUUCCGGAUGCCCUGCGUCGACCGGAGGAACACCACCGCCACCACUCGCGAAUCCUCAACUGGAUUGGAGCUGCACGCGACAAUCCGUCUGCUGCAGUUUUCACAAUCGUGUGGACAGCGUGUCUUCUGUUCAUCCUGUACAGCUUCAUCAACACGCAACCCUCUGGCUCACGACCUCGUCCUCCGGACAGUGCACCAGGGUGGUUCGGCAGCAACGGAGGACACUCUCCGGGCCCAAAUGAUCCGCCGCCGCCGUACUCGAAGCACCCCGGGUCAACACCUGGUGUCAAUCCCGCCACAGGGGGCGGCCUCAAUCCAGGCUUCUGGACGGGCGCCGCACUCGGUGGGUUGGGCACGUACCUUCUCAAUCGCGGCCAGCGAGAACGAGAGCGAGAACGUACCUACGCGCGGCCGGCCGCGUAUGACUGGGAGCACGAUCAACUGUUCCGAUCGUCGCCGUCGGCUGCGCCUGGGACGUCGCAGUGGGGGUCUGGUGGUGCCUUUGGACGACGUGCGGCAUUCGGGUCGGAUGAUCGUGGCGAGGGCUCGUCAAACUUGGGCCGAUGA